AAUCCACCGACGGACUUCCUAAGGUUUCCAUAACGUCCCGUCAGUUAAUGCCUGCCGCCAUGGCAGCGGGCCUGCUUAUUUGUGCUGCUUGGUAUUACACCAUUCUUGCUGGAUUUUAUAUUCUGUACUGUCCUGUUAUGUACUUAAUGUUCAUCAAUCAAGUAAUAUAUAGGAAAAUCGUCGAUCUUUUAUUCGCUUUGUGGGAGCUGUAUCCAGUAGCGUUAUUCCAGUGGCUAUGCGGUACUACACUGCAUUAUUAUGGCGAUUAUGUGAAUCCAAACGAAACGACUAUAAUUGUAAUGAAUCAUAGAACGAGAGUUGAUUGGAAUUACGUAUGGAUUGCUUUGUAUCACGCGACACUAAACCCUAACUAUCCCGAGUGCAUAUGUAAAGAAACUGAUGCUAUAGAAGAAUUAAGUAUUUUAGACAUGAUGACAGGUGGAAAGUCGAGGAUAAAAAUUGUAUUAAAGGACGAAAUUAAAUCGGUCCCUGGUAUGGGCUGGAUUAUGCAAUUGAACUUCUUCCUUUACGUCAAAAGAAAUUGGCAAGAGGAUCAGAUAAACAUGUCGCAGUAUGUAGAGUACUACAAGAAGCUCCAAUACAACCAACGUAUCGUCCUAUUUCCAGAAGGAACCGAUUUGAGUGAGGAGAACAAACGGAAAAGUGAGAGAUACGCAAUCACAAAACAAUUGCCGAUAUAUGAAUUCGUUCUACAUCCCCGAACCACUGGCUGGUCCUCACUGUGUACGAGUUUGCGCGACUCCGGCCUCAAGUCAGUUUAUGACGUCACAGUUGCCUAUGAUAGACCUGCGCAAAAUGAAUUGGAUUUGCUGCGAGGAAAGAUACCAAGACACGUGUAUUUUUGUUUUAAACGGUAUUCCAUUGAAGAACUCCCUAGGGAUGAAGAACAUUUAAAAACGUGGCUAAUGAAUCGAUGGACCGAAAAAAAUGCUUGCUUACAAAAAUUUCACCAUGAAGGUACUUUUACCGAAUUUGCAACAAACAGACCGGUACCGGAAAGAAGUCCCAGGUCUUUAACGGUUGCAAAAAUAGGCUUCGUAUUCUGGACUGUCAUAGAUAUGCUAUUUAUUUACGGUUUAUGUUAUAGCAUUGUCUUUAGAUUUUGGGUGUUAUAUCAUUCGCUUUUGUUCAUCCUUGUCACAAAAUAUUUUGAUGGUUUUCAGAAAAUUCAGUAUAGACUAUUGAAUAGAUCGUAAAAAUAAUUUUAAGUAUUUAAACAAUAAAUAGCAUCCACUUAGCAUAAUGUCGAGAAUUUUUAAAUAAUAUCAUAUUACUGUGAAUUCUCAGCGAUGCCAAAUUGUAAAUGUGAGUAUUAAAUUAUUUGUGUGACAAA